AUGGAGAGGAGUAGCGACAAUCAAGGAAGUGGCGGCUCUGGCCGUGGUCGCGGCGGCACCGGAAGUAAUCGUGGUGGCGGUGGUGGCAGAGGUGGGAAUUACCCACGUAACCAACACCAUCAGCAGGGUCAGUAUCAAAGUGGUGGUGGUGGAAGAGGAAUAGGUAGGGGUUGGGUUCCCAUCCAGACCGGUGAUCAGCAGCGGGGUAAUAGGCCGCAUCAAAGAGGUCAAGGUGGUGGCGCGUACAGGCCACAUCAACAGAGUGGUCAGGGUGUGGGGCCUACAAGGGUGGAAUCAAGUGAAGGUUGUGUGGUUGGUGGAGGAGGAGGAGCGGAUGGUGGAAGAGGAGUGUGGACUUGGAGGCCUAGGGGACCCACUUUUGUGCCUGGUCAAUCCCAACCUGGGUCUUUGCCUGCUCAUGUUAUUCCAAAUAUCCAAUCAUUGGAAAUUUCAGAGCAGAAGCCUCCAUCAACUAUUCUGGAUGGUAGAGAGAAAAAACUUAUGCCCAUAAAACGGCCUGACAAUGGGGGCAAGCUUGCAAUCAGGCAGGUAAGGCUUCUCGUCAACCAUUUUCCUGUCAGUUUUGAUCCAGAGAGGACGGUAUUCCACUAUGACGUGGAUGUUAAACCAGAUAUGUCCCCACACAAUUGUUCUGCAAAGAAAUCAAUUUCGAAAUCUGUUCUGCGUUUGAUAAAGGACAAACUAUUCUCUGAUGAUCCAAUGCGAUUUCCUCUGAACAUGACUACUUUUGAUGGCAAGAAGAACAUUUACAGUGCUGUGCCAUUGCCCACGGGGAAUUUCAAGGUGGAAUUGUCUCGCAGGGAAGAGAUGAAGAGCCGCUCCUAUAUAUUGACAGUUAAGUUAGUAAACGAGCUGAAGUUUAACACGCUAGAGGAUUACUUGAGCGGAAACCUUUCGUGUAUCCCUCGUGAUAUACUACAGGGGAUGGAUUUGAUAAUGAAUGAGAAUCCGUGUAGGCAUAGGAUCUCUGUUGGGUGCAGCUUUUAUUGCAAAGAGUUCAGGGCAGAAGAUGACCUCGGGUGUGGCAUUGCAGCGUUUAGAGGCUCUCAACAUAGCAUAAAGCUCACCUCCCAGCGUCCAGGCUUAUGUUUGGACUCUUCAGUUAUGGCAUUGCGUAAACGAUUGCCGGUCAUAGACUUCCUUAUGGAGCAUUUUCGGGGUUUCCGAGAAGUAAGUGACAUCAGAAAGUGGAAAAGAGAAGUGACAAGUGCAAUAAAAGGAUUGAAAGUUUAUGUAACUCACCGCAACACCACACAGAAGUAUAUUAUAGCAGGGUUAAGCAGUCAAAAUACAGGAGAUCUUAAAUUCAUUCUUGAAGAUCCAGAGGGGAAGCAUCCACCAAGGGAAAUUGGUCUUAUCCAAUAUUUCAGGGAGAAAUAUAGGACGGAAAUUAUGUACAAGGAUAUUCCCUGUCUAGACUUGCGGAGAUGUGAUCGAAAAAAUUAUGUGCCUAUGGAAUUCUGUACUUUGGUGGAGGGGCAAAGGUACCCGAAGGAGGACUUGGAUAGAGACUCACGCCUGUUAUUGAAGGAAAAAUUAACGCCUCCACAAAGGAAAAACAUUAUCUGUGAGAUGGUGCAGGCUGAAGAUGGACCUUGUGGAGAUGUUGCUCAAAAUUUUGGAAUUGUAGUUGACACUACCAUGACAAGAGAACUUGGUCGUGUCAUUGAACCACCUACUUUAAAAGUUGGCAAUGGGAAUAUGGUAAGAGUUGACAGGGAGGACUGUCAAUAUAACCUCGUUGGUAAAUCUGUGGUGGAAGGCAAGCCAGUCAAGCGAUGGGCCUUGAUAGAUUGCAGUUCAGAUGAUCGUUAUAAUAAACUGAAUUCUGGUGUUUUCAUUCAGAAUCUUAGAAAUAGAUGUAGAAGUCUAGGCGUCUGCAUGGAGGAACCUGUUUUGUGCCGUUUCACUGGCAUGCAUGAAUUCUCUGGUGUCGGAGCAAUUCAAGAACUUCUUGCAAGUGUGGUUAAGGAGGCUAAUGGGAAAUGCAAGGGCCGGUUACAAAUUAUUGUUUGUGUGAUGACCGUGAAGCAUCCUGGAAAAAAGUANGAACAUGACUACUUUUGA